UCGUCAUGGUUGGCAGCAAGAUUGUGCUCGCAGCCACAGCGCUGGCAUUGACGGCGCCUGAGCUUGUCAUGGCUUUCUCGCCUUCUCUUAUCUCACCGACCAACUUGGCGGUGUCAGGCAAGGCCAGUGUCUCUCUCUCUCUUCGGCCGAGCUCUCGCUCCUCCGUUGCUCUGAAAGCUGGGGAAGAUGGCGGUUUGUUUGGAGGGAUUUUCGGAGGAGACAAGAAGAAGGGGAACAAGGAUGACCUCGAGGAUGCAAUUGAUGACUGGAAGGAAAUCGGGUUCGACAUUGAGGAAGUUAUCAAGAAUGAGGAGGAUGCGAAGAAGAAGAAAAACUGAAUGAUCUCUGACCUUCAAGCGUAACCAGGCUGACGAAACGAAACUAUCUAGAAAACUCUUGUUCGUAUACAACGGAGUUCAC